UUCUCCGGGCACCUCGGUGAGGAAGCUCGUUAUCCCCGGGCUCCGGACCCGUCCGCGUGCUCCGGGCGCCGGCUGUCACGUGGCGCCCCCUUGUGGCCGCACACGGAACGGUUUCUUGUGCGUUCACGCAGCACUGGAUCAGUUAAAUACGUAAAGGAAAGAUACGAUGACGUCAUACUUCUUGUUAGUAUCGUAGCUCUGAGUGCCAUAGGUGGAUAAAUGUGACUAAACUCUCCACAUGGCGAUUAAGGUUCAUAACAUAGGUUGUCGUUCGUGCCGUCGUUUAUCUCACCGUUCUGUCAUCGCCUCCCCAUUUGCCGGCCUCGGUCCAUCCCUCAGUCACGCUGAAUCCUCUUAGGCUCGGAUUACGGCACUAAGAUGUCUCCGCGGAGCGAGAAAGAGGGAGUGAGGCACAUUAGAUGAGAAUGAGCCGCCGCGCGUGAAAGCGAUACUGGGGGCGACACCGCGGAGGAGAGGAGGACGAUGGAGAGAAGCCCCCCGCCGGAGACGGGCCGGGGAUGGGGUAGAAGACGGUCUGGAGCCGGGGUUUUCCAACUCGCUCGUCUCUCCAGCGACCCACCUCCGCUCUCUCGACCGAGGCCGGCAGGGACUGACCGCGUGGCGACCAUGCCCCCCCUGCCCUCCACCCGCCCUCCCCGCUGGAGCACGUGCUCCUUCUGCCUCCUCAUCGUGCUGCUCCCGCGGGCGGAGGCGGAGGUGGACCACCUGAACGCAACCCUCCAGCGCAGCGGCGGGGGGUCCCAGUGUGGGGACUACUCCAACCAGAUGAUGGAGGACGGCAUGUGCCGCCUGGUGGCCACGCUGCCCCAGCUGGACGAGCAGCGGUGCCCCGACAUGUUCCGCUGCACCGACGAGGUCUCCUACUGGCUGCACGAGAACGAGGAGAGGAAGCAGCAGGUGGAGGUGCUGAAGGAGACCAUCUCUGAGCUGCAGGAGGAGCUUAGGAGCCACCGGCACCGCAUCAAAGCCCUUGAACUGCAGGGUGAAGACGGAGGCCACUUCAACCUGUCGCGGCACCGCCGCUUCCGUGAGCUGGAGGAGCGCUACGCCGAGGCCACGGCCCUGCUGCACCUGCAGGGGACCCUGAUCCUGGACCUCCAGAACCAGCUCCACAAUCUGACACUUCUGGUGGAAGAAGUGAAAAGAAACCCCGGCUGCUCGGUGGACGCCGCCCGGCCCAACCCCCUGCUGAGCGCCCAGGAAGGCCUGCACCCAGGUACGGGCGAGACCCAGCAUGUGAGGAACUGUCCCAUAGACUGCGCCUCCAUCUACUACAACGGCGUGAGGAGGUCGGGGCUGUACACGGUGGUGCCCUCGCUGGCAGGCAUGCCUGUGCAGGUCUACUGUGACAUGGACGUCGACGGCGGCGGCUGGACCGUGAUCCAGCGGCGUCUCGACGGCUCCGUGAGCUUCGACCGCAACUGGAGGGACUACAGGGACGGCUUCGGCGACCUGCACUCCGAGUUCUGGCUGGGCAACGACCACAUCCACCACCUGAGCGUCCAGGGCGACUACAGCCUCCGCAUCGACAUGGAAGACUGGGGCCACAAGCACAAGCACGCCCUCUACCAGAGCUUCCACGUGGAGGAUGAGGAGCAUCAGUACCGUCUCCACGUGUCAGGCUUCAGCGGCUCGGCCCAGGACUCCUUCAGCUGGUACCACGACAAGCAGAGCUUCAGCACGCCAGACAGCGGCAACAUCUGCGCCGAGAUCUCCCACAGCGGCUGGUGGUACAACCAGUGCUUCUAUGCCAACCUCAAUGGCGUCUACUACCGAGGAGGCCACUACACCCCUAAGAGCCGGGGGCCCCUGGGUCCCGACGGGAUCGUCUGGUACUCCUGGAGGGACUCGGACUAUUACUCCCUACGCAAAGUCAGCAUGAUGAUCAGGCCGCGCAGCUUCCGAGCCCACCUGUCGCCAUGACAACAGAUAAUAGAAGCACCACUGGCAAAGGGAGGAGCAUGGACACCGUCCUGUUUUUAAUACUGGAGUCGAUUAAGAAGGAAGUGAAGGUCAGGGCCCUCAAAGCUUUAGUGUGGUUGAUACGGUCGAAGGUGCUACAUGUUUUUUCACACAGACUGUUCAUGGUUUAUGCAAAGUGAGCGCUUCCUCAUUUUCUACCAUUAUUUUAUACGUUUAGUUUGAUACUUAACUCAGCCAAAUAAGGAGGCAGGUUCAGCGUCUUCCAGAAAGAAAUGUGGUUGUAUUUUUAAAUAACCAUAGGCCUCAGCUGUCUUUUCUUAGACUAUAUAAAUAUCAGCCAAUCGUGAAUUUAAUGAAACGUCACAUUUUAUUCCAAUAUUAAAAGUAAUAAUCAAACAAAAGAGUAACUAUGAAAUGUAUUAGUAACAAAAUGUGUCUACUGUUUUACCUCAUACACAAGGUUUAUAUAUAGAGGAGCUGCCGGAGGACUCUGUACCAAUAAACAUGACACGUUGAGGUUCUGACAA